GCACAUCCCACUCUCUUCCUGCACUCUUUUAGGAGAGAUAAGCCAGAUAGAAGAGCCAAAACAAGUCAUUCAGAGUGUUGUACUCUUGUUUUUGGAUGUUCCGGAAGUAGCAACACUGGAUGUCGUUUUAUGUUGGAGAGUGCAGGUAAAGAUCUACUGCACUUCCAGACAUGCUUACUCUGCUCCCAAGGCUUCUGCAUCAGACAAAGAAUCCUCAGUUCAUCAGGAGCUGCUGUUCACAGAGGCCCUUACCUGUUUUAACUCUUUUCACUAAGGAUCCGUGUCCCUUGUGUGAUGAAGCAAAAGAAGUGCUUGACCCAUAUAAACACAGGUUUGUGUUGCAGGAGGUUGACAUCACUAUUCCCGAGAACAACGUGUGGCACGACAGAUACAAGUACGACAUCCCAGUGUUUCAUUUGAAUGGACAGUUUUUGAUGAUGCAUCGAGUGAACACAAAAAUCUUGGAAAAGGGUCUGGCAAAAGCAGAGAGAGAGACCACUCAGUAAUGUAUAAGUGUGACAUAGACCUGUACUAUACCUCAGACUUUCCAGUGACACACUGUGAUUCACCAGUAUUAAAUAAAGAGUUUCAUAUUAACUGCA